AUGGGCUUGCUAGCGCUUGGGACGGCUUUGGACUGGCCAGAAGCCAAAAAGAGGGCAGAUCAGGUUCGCAAAUGGGGAAUUGAGCAAUUACUUGCCAAUUGGCAUAGAGCCAAGGGAAAGGAACGGAAUGCCCUUCUCUGGGGUGACGAGGUCGAGUAUCUCGUCGUAGCAGUCGAUGAUGAGAUUAAAAAGGCCCGCCUAUCUCUCGCUCAGGCUGAUAUCCUCAAGUCGCUCGCCGAGGAUGAAGCAUCAUGGAAGGAAGGAAAUUCUCCUCUGUCUCAGAAUAAGGAACAUGAGGGUGAGGAGCCACCUCAUUUUCACCCUGAAUUUGGCCGUUUCAUGCUGGAAGCCACUCCGGGUAAGCCCUGGGGCAUCGACUUCAAGGACCUAUUGAAAGUAGAGUCCAAUAUGAAGUGGCGACGCGAGGUUGCAAAAGCUCACAUGGCACCGAAUGAGAGCCCUAUCACACUCACCACAUUCCCUCGCCUGGGGACAAAGGAUGAUUAUAUUCAACCUUAUUAUCCCCCAUCAGGUCCUGCAUUGCGGUCUCAAUUCGUUCCCGACGAGAUUGCUAACCCCCAUAUUCGAUUUCCAACCUUGGCGGCCAAUAUAAGAUCAAGGAGGGGCCGGAAAAUCGAGCUGAAUGUGCCAGUGUUUAAGGACAAAAACACCCCUGAUCCCUUUUUGGACCCAACAGUGGACUACAACCUUCAUAACUGGCCCGAGGAUGAUGAUGUCCGAAAUGGCGCGGCUAAGGAGGGUCAUGUUUACAUGGACGCCAUGGCAUUCGGCAUGGGGAGUUGCUGUCUCCAGAUAACUUUUCAAGCAAAGAACAUAACAGAAGGAAGAAAGUUGUACGAUCAGUUGAGUCCGUUGGGGCCUAUUCUUUUGGCUCUCACUGCUGCCACUCCGAUAUACAAGGGUUUCCUCGUCGACACAGAUGUCCGUUGGAAUCAGAUCAGCGGAGCCGUUGAUGACCGGACGCGGGAGGAACUUGGUGAAAUUCCCCUGAAAAAUGAUAGAUGGAGGAUCCCGAAAUCCCGUUAUGCUUCGAACUCGACUUAUAUCUCACAAGAUCCUAGAUUGAGAAAAGAAUAUCUGGAUCCCGAUCUUAUCGUUGACCAAGAUAUCAAGAAGCGAUUGAUGGAUGAUGGCAUGGAUGAUCUUCUAGCGACACAUUUCGCGCACCUUUUUAUUCGUGAUCCACUGGUUAUAUUCUCGGAAGAUCUCGAAGAGCUGGACUUGAACAAAGCAGAUCACUUCGAGAACCUGCAGUCGACAAAUUGGCAGCAUAUGCGUUUCAAGCCACCCCCACCUGACAAGGAUGAUAUCGGCUGGCGAGUUGAAUUCCGAUCCAUGGAAAUCCAGAUGACCGACUUCGAGAACGCCGCCUUCAGUAUCUUCAUCGUGCUUGUGACCCGUGCGAUCUUGAGUUUCGAUCUCAAUUUCUACAUCCCGAUUCAGCGCACGACUGAGAACAUGGAAACUGCGCACCUUCGAAAUGCAGUGUUGGAGCAAAAGUUCUACUUCCGCAAAGACCCUUUCUCUCGUCGCAGGCCGACCCAGCAAUCGCCAAGUGGUAGCAAUGUCUCCUCUACGACAUCAUCUGCUCAUAACACGCCACCGCCAUCACCGCCACUACACCCAGUGGAGUCUGAGUAUGAUCUAAUGACGAUUUCUGAUAUUAUCAACGGUUCCCCUGACGGAUCAUUCCCUGGCUUGAUCCCGCUCGUCGAAUCUUACUUGAACAGUGUUAAUGUGGAUGUUGAGACACGUUGUUCUCUAGCCAGCUACCUUGACCUUAUACGUAAGCGUGCCAACGGUACCCUUUGGACUGGAGCCAAAUGGAUCCGUGAGUUUGUUGCGUCACAUCCUGGGUAUAAGCAUGACAGCACCGUUUCCGAAGAGAUUUGCUACGACUUGGUCAAGGCUGUGGAUGAGAUGACUGUCAAAGAAGGUAAACACGGUACAGUUGGGUGGGAGCUCCUCAGAGGCAAGAAGAAUUAG